AUGAUUUCGUUUUACUACACAUUUUUUAUAUUCACAUUUUUGGCUCAAAAAACUACGAGUUCAUCUUCGUCUUCUUUCAUUGAAGUUCCAUCAAAUCAAUCAGCACAAUUGGGUGAUGAUGUGAUUUUUAGAUGUUCGGCUGAAAAAUCUGCCGAGGCACUGAUGUAAGUUUGUUUUAGAAAAAAGUUGUUUGAAAAUGUUUGAUGAUUCCAAACUCAACAAUGAAUUCAAUUUCUUUGAAUUUCCAGAUACAGCCAAUGGAAAUCCAACACAGGCUCUCUUCUCGGUUACCAUCAAGGUGGAGUCCUGCCAGGUCAUCAAGGUCGAUACAGUUACAUCAAAGAGAACGCGGAAGAGCUCCAUCUUCGAAUCGAAAAAGUAGUUCUAGAAGAUGAUGGAAAAUUUGAAUGUCAAAUGUUGCGACCUGAAGAAGGUCCAAUUCGUGCAGGAGCUUGGCUUAACAUUUUAGUACCUCCAAAAUCAAUUCAUUUCACAAAUUAUCAAACUGGCAGUACAAUUGAUAUUAAUGAAAAUACAAUGCUGAAUAUCACGUGCGUCACACCAAAUGUGAAACCAGAACCAAUGAUUAGUUGGUAUAUAAAUGGCCGGAAAAUUGAGCAAGGAGUUCGACACCAUUCAGUGACUCAUAUUAAUGGAACAAUUACAAGUUAUGCAACACUUGAAUUCAAACCAAAAAGAGGAGAUCAUCAGAAAAUGUUAACUUGUGAAGCGUUGCAUAGUGAUACAAAAACAAAGAUUCGAACCAACACAACACUAAAUGUUAUGUGUAAGUUUGUUUUAUUAUUUCCUUUGAUAAUUGCCGACAACGGCUCCCGGGUGCUGUAAAAUGUUACACCAAUAACUAAAACAAUAAUAAUAAAUAACAUCAAAAGUAUAAAGGUGUUAGAUAUUUAGAUAACCUUUCAAAUUUUUUUUCAGUUCCACCAAACGAUCCAAUUGUUCAUGUUUUGAAUGGCGAGAAAUUUGUGAGAUCCGGAGAUAAUGUGACAAUUGGAUGUACAGUAACCGGCGGAAACCCAUCGCCAAAUGUUUCGUGGUUUUUCAACGACAAAUUGAUUGAUUCGAGUUUUGCUUUCGAUGCGACCAGUCAGGUAAACAUAUGUCAAUGGGAAUGAAAUUACAAAACAGGCAAAAAAAUACACAGACAUUUGGGAAAAAGAUUAAUGUGUGUAAACACAUGUGCAUAUGGGUUACGUUAAUUGAAUUGAAAUUGAACAUUUUGUAUGAAAAUGAUGGGAUAUUUAUUUAUUUAUAACCUCAAAACCUUUUUUUUUCAAAUUUCAAACUUUGCUGUCUAGGAAAAACCAAACAUACAUUAGGUUCAGAUGAUAAAUUAGUUACAAUUUCCACCCAUCCAUCCACAUGUUGUUGCACCAACAACAGAUGGCGUACGGUAUAUUUCAUCAAGAGCCGGCUUACUUUUGUUGUUUUUGGCGAUAGUAGUGAUGGUGCACAAGGGGUACUCACCCCGGCCAAAAAUGAUUGAUAGCCAAAAAGAAAGGGUGUCCGAAACAAAAGCAAAAGCAAAAAAAGAACAGAAAAGUUUCCCAGGGGAACAUCGAGAAAUAUUUAUUAUGACACCUUCUGCCGGCCCUAUUCUUUUUUGGGACCAUCCAAACGAUUUUUGAUUUGUAAGAGAAGAGGGAUUUUUUUCUUAUCUUACAUUAGAAUUAAGUCACUUCUCAAAUUACCCAUAAUCCUCGUUUUUGAACAUGCAUAAUUUUGCUAUGAAUUACUUUUGACCGACAAAAACAAGCAUCUGCUCGCCUUUUUUUUCAUAUAAGCAGCGCGACAAGGGAUUACGUAAUUUAUGUAAGAUGCCGAAAAUACACAAUUCUUGCUAAUUUUGUAAAGGUACCAAAAUUAGUGAAGAUGUGCUUAUGGAUACUAAAAAUAUACACAAAUUCUGAUUUCAGGAAACCAAAAAUCUCUAUUCAUUCCUUGCUGGUCCGACCGAUAAUAUGGCGAAUUAUGAAUGCCGCACUAAAAAUAGUGUUACUAUGGAACCCCUUCGGAAAACUGUCAAAAUCGAAGUUUCUUGUAAGUUUCCAAAAAAAGUUUUUUUUAUUCAAAAAUCUUUUUUUCCAGAUGCUCCGCCAGGUGUUGAACUUUUUGGUGAAAGUAACAUUCGAUAUGGUGCAAUCGCCAAUAUUCAAUGUAGAUCAUUGUAAGUCAUGUUUACAUAGUUAAUGUAUCUUAUUAUUAUUUCAUGUUAUGUUUUUUAGCGUAGGUUAUGUUUACACUGUUUUUUACUCGUUGGACCAAACAAGAACAAAAAAAAAUGUUUGAAUAAAUUAAAAUUCUAAUUUCAGACCAUCGAACCCGGCUUCACAAAUUUCAUGGCUUGUGAAUGGUCACCCGGUUGGCACAGCUGUUCAAAGCGAGUACUCGAAGGUACACUUGACUUUUCUCACCCCACAAUGAAAAACCAAUUACCUUCUUUCUUUCAGGAUAAUGGAAAAGUGUCGGUGUCAAAUUUGACGAUUAACUCAAAUGAAGUCAACAUUGGAAAUCAUCAAAUUUCAAUUGAAUGCACUGCACGAAAUGUUGAGGGAUCAACUUCAAAACAACAUAUUAUUAAGAUAUUGGCACCACCAAUGGCUCCAAGAAUUUCAGGACUUGAAGAUUCAUUUUAUUUUGAAGGUGAUGUUAUCAAUGCGACCUGUGAAGCUCACGGUGGAAACCCAUUAGCUGAAAUCUCUUGGUAUCGCGGGUAUGAAAAGGUGAGUUCUAAACAAUGCAUCAACAGGUUGAGCUCAAGUAUAGAGCACUAUUUUCAAAUUCUAAUAAAAAUAAACAUUUUCAAGACAACAAUGAAAGGAAAAAAGAAACCGAAAUGGUCACAGGUAACAUCAAGCUUUCUGUAAACAAAACUGUACUAUCUGCACUUUUUUUCAUUUCUAUCACAAUCCUAGCUUUUGUGUUUUUUCAUUAGCUUGUCAUUUUUAUGAAUUCAACAAAUAUUCUUCAGGUGAAUGGCGCGAGAAACGAAGUAGCCGGAGAUUCUUCAAUAUCAUCGCUUGGACUCAAAUUGGACAGAUCAAUGAAUACCCAAAGAUUGAAAUGUGAAGCAACAAAUGCGGCGUUAGAUGAGCCUUUGGUAGAAUCAAGACAACUUAAUGUUUACUGUAAGUUGGAAUCAAAAGCAUAUUUAUGUAGAGAAAUUCAUUUUCAAAAACCAAAAAACAAUUUCAGAUCCACCUCGACGACUCAUAAUCCGCCCAUUUGAAGUGAGUUCCCAUCAUUUAUUGGUUGGAAAAACGGCACAAUUGGUAUGUGUUGCUCCAUCCUCUAAUCCAGCUGCUCACAUCACAUGGUAUUUUUAUCCAAAUGGCGAUAGCAAUCCGUUGAUUUACAAUGGCCGCACAACCACCAACGAUACGUAUGUUGAUGAUUUACGAGUUUUCUCGAGCCAAUCUGUUGACUUUUUUAGCACUCGAGAAAUUGGAUAUACUGUUGAGAAUGUUGUCGACUUCUCGCCGACUGAAGAAUAUGAUGGAACUAUUGUCAGAUGUGUGGCUAGUCAUCCAGAUUGGAAACAUUCAAUUAAUUCAACCUACGCUCUAAAUGUUCUUUGUAAGUUUUGUGAAUACUGGAAAAAUAUUUUUAAUUUUUAAAAAAAUGUUUUCAGAUGCUCCUCGUAUGCUUGUUGAUAACCCGGUCACAAUUAUUGUUGGUGAAGGUGAUUCUUUUCGUGAAAAUCUGACAGUUCGUGGAAAUCCACCCGUCUCCUCUUGGCAGUGGCGUAAAAAUGGUGUACCCUUUGAUCAUACAAUUGGAAAAGUUUUUGCUAGAGGAGCUGCACUAUCUGGAAAGAAUUUGAAAAGUACGGAUGCUGGAACUUAUACUAUGAUUGCUACAAAUAGUGUUGGAAGCACCAAUAUUACUAUCAAAUUAUCAGUUGAAUACAGUGCUAGAAUAACAAGUAUUUCUCAACCAGUUAUUGCAUCUGAAGGUGAUACAGUACUCUUGGAAUGUGAAGCUGAUGGUGAACCAAGAAAAGCAAAUAUGGUUGAAUGGUAUCGAAAUGGCCAAAAAAUUCAUGCGAUUCAUCGAGGAGAUAAUAGAGCUGUACUUCGAUUGAAUGCCACACAAAAAGGAUCUGGUGAAUACAUUUGUCGUGCUAAUAAUGGAAUCGGACAUCCCGCUGAAGGAAAAGCUUAUGUUUUGGUGAAAUCACCUCCAAGAAUUAUGCAUUUGCCAUUGUUAUCAAAAGCUGCUGGUGUAUUGGGUGGAACUGCGAGAGCAAGAUGUCGAGCACAAGCUGUUCCAGUCGCUGAUUUCUUCUGGGAACGUGAUGGUGAACUUAUCAAAGGAAAUAGUUCGAAAUACAGUAUGACUACAGUACAGUUGGAUUAUCUGACUUUUGAGGUACUUUGUUUGAAAUAAUGUUCAAAUUUAUAGUUUUUCAAAUUUCAGAGUACAUUAUGGAUCAAAAAUCUUGGACCAACAGAUUAUAGCAAACCCCUCCGAUGUGUGACAAGAAAUGAAUUUGGAUCAGAUAAAACUGUUAUUCCAAUUGGACCGCUGACUCUUCCAGAUGUCCCACUUUCUUUGAGAAUGACUAAUGCUACAGCAACAACCCUCACACUUUCUUGGGAACCUGGAUUUGAUGGAGGAUCUGAUCAAAUUUUCGAAGUCAAAUAUCAGAAAUAUAAUGAAGAUCUUAUUCAUCUUGUAAACACAACUAAUCCAGUAAGUUUAUUAUUUGGAACAAAACAAGAACUCAACAUUACAUAUGUUUUUUUUUUCAGAAUCUCCGCCUUUCUGGACUUUUACCUGCCAAAGUAUACGAAUUCCAAAUUCGUGCAAUCAAUGGCCGAGGUUUUUCAUCUGAUUGGACAAGAACUGCAGUUCUCGGAACUUUGACAGAAGAUGGUGUUGAUGUUGCGAUGGUUCAAUCAAGACGUCCAAAAUGGCCCGAACUUUUCCCAAUAAUCCUAGUUGCCGUUGUUGUAUUCGCAUUGAUCAACGUAUUAUUAGUUUGCUUCGUCUGCAACAAGAAUCGCAAAAGAAAGUUGCGCGAGAAAACUGAAAUGGUUCGAACUGCAAUUAAUGGUGAUGGUGUGAGACCAGUACAAAUGUAUGGAACAAUGGUAGUAAAUGAUGGAAGUACAAGAUUAGACUGUGAAGAUAUGCCAGAUGCGAGUGAAGAUGAUCAUUCAGUUCGAACAAUGAUUGAAGUUUCACCAAAUGGAUAUAUGCAACCAAUUGAUCCAAGUUUAUAUGAGCGAAGUUGUUUGGUUGAAUAUGAAUUUGAUCGUGAGUUUUUCUAUAGAAAAUGUUGUUCAAAAAAUAUAAAAUUUUUUCAGCUCGCGAUUAUCCCAGCCGACACGGAACUAUUGGCAGAAACAGUACAUAUACAAAUAUGCCAUACCCUGUAAGUAAACAUUUCUCGGUGACAAAUGUAACAACACACUAAUUAUAGGAACCGCCACAUUCGUCAAUUUAUUCCGACCGUUCACUUUCUCGACAUGUUCCUUUAAACAAUAAUAGCAGCCCGUCACAUGGAUUAUCAACAUUUAUCCAUCCAAAUUCUGGAGUUCGAGCUGGUCCAAUUCUAUACAGCCAACUUGAUGGAGAUUUGGUGUGA